AUGUUUCCUAUUGGAGAACUAGCUUUUACAAUAAUGGAGUAUAUAGGAAUUUGGCGACCGAUAUCUUUUACAUCAAAAUUGUCCAUUCUCAUUUAUAAUGUUUAUAGCAUUUUUAUAAUAAUUAUAAUGUACUUACACACAAUACCAUUGUCAAAGGGAGUUGUAAUCUUUAGAACUUGGAUACCGUACAAAGUUAAUUCUGAAUUUCGGUUUUGGAUUACCGGAUUAUUUCAAACAAUAUUUCUUAGUGUAUCAGUUGCAAUAUAUUCGGCAGUUGAAAUUGUUGCUCCAAUUAUGAUGCAACAAAUAUGCGCACAAUUGGAGAUAUGCAAAUAUCGUCUAGUUAAUCUUCCUCGUUUAGUAAAAUUGAAUGACACUGACAAAAUUGACACUUAUCGACAGGAAUCUAAACUUAUGGAAAAGUGUGUCUUGCAUCAUGUUUAUAUUUACAGACUGAAGAAAAAGUUGAAUGAUCUAUUUAGUUUAAUGGUUUUUAUGCAAUUUUUUUGCUCUACUAUAAGUUUAUGUACCGUCGUUUAUCAAUUAUCAAAACUGAGUAUAAUGAGCUUUAAAUUCUGGACAAUGCUUAUACUAUUAAACAUUUUCUUAAUGCAGAUUUUUCUGUAUUGUUUUUUUGGAGAGUUGAUGAUACAAAAGGUCUUGAAAGCCUCAUUCUCCAUGUUUAAUUUAAUACAAUCAACAACAUAG